UGCAGCGGUCACACUACAUUAUUUUUCUUGCAGCCGACUUAUUGUUUUGGUUUUGGCUAAAAAAUUGCCAUCAAUUAUCUUAAAUUGUGUGUUAAAUAAAAAGGCAACACGAUGGAGGCGGUGCCGCGCUUGCACAUGCUUUGGUUCGCUCUAAAGUCAAGUCCUGAGGGAACCUCCUUUGCGGCAUUGAAAAAGUACAUUGCGGAAUUCUACCAUGAGGACCCUGAGGCCUUUUCCAAGGAGGUCCAUGCCCUGGAGACCCUACGAAACCAGGCGAUGCACACCACCAAGGAUGGAGCACCGGUGAUGAAGCGCUACUACUGCCAGCUGCACGCCCUUCAGAAUCGGUUUCCCCAGCUGACCGAGCGCGGGAUCUUCACUUUUACGUGGAAGGAUCUCUACCACAGUGCCGUUCACGAGGUUAGCGACCUGCGGUUCGAGCGGGCCGCUGUGCUGUUCAACAUUGCCGCAUCCCACACACAAUCAGGAGCAUCGGUGACCCGUGGCGAUGUCGAUGGCAUGAAGAUGGCCUGCACCCACUUUCAGGCGGCCGCUUGGGCCUACGGAGAGUUAAGGGAACGUUAUGCCAAUGUGAAUAGUGGCGGGGACUUCAUGACGCAGGAGUUGUUGGUGUUCCAGCAGCAAGUGUGCUUUGCUCAGGCCCAGGAAUGCAUCCUGGAGAAGUCACUGAUUGAUAAUAGGAAGCCACACAUCGUGGCAAAGGUGACGGCGCAGAUUGUGGUCUACUAUGGAGCUGCCCUGGCGGCUCUGCUUACGGGAGGAGAUGAAGGUCCAGUGGCGCAGGUCAUCGAUAGCUCCGUGUACAAGUUGUGGAAGAAGUACGUCCGCUUCAAGAUUAACUAUCUGAACUGCAUUUUGUACCUGUACCAGGGGCAGCAUUCCGAGGAGAAGCGUCAGAUGGGCGAACGGGUGACGCUAUACCAGGCUUCUUGGGACAAACUAGAGGAGGCGCGCAAAGAGUCUAAGGGUCUUCCCGAUCAGCGUGAGAUCAAUGAAUCCCUUAGCUUCACCGCUGAUGUGGUGGAGGCAAAGCGCAAGAAUGCCAAAAACGAGAACGAGUUUAUUUACCAUGAGGCUGUGCCGGAACUCUCGACCAUUGCGGCUGUACAAGGUGCCAAUUUGGUCAAUGGAAUUGGUUUUCAAGUAACCGACGAGGAGCACUCGGGACCAGAUCUCUUUGCCAGAUUGGUACCCAUGAAGGCCCACGAAGCCAGUUCAUUGUACAGCGAGGAGAAAGCCAAACUGUUGCGAAAGUACGGAGCCCUGCUGGAGGAGAAGGACACGCAACUGGAAGCCUACAUGAGCUCCCUCACCCUGGAUAAUCUAAAUAUCAACGAAGAGCAGGCCAACAAGUUGCCUCAGGGCAUUGUAGAUCGCUGUGCUGCCUUGAAUGCAAACAAGACAGCUAUAAGCGACCUUGUAGAGGCCAUGUCUCAGCUGGCUGAGAUUACAGCUGAUGUGGAGACAAAUCUCGGGGAGAUUUCCCAUAUGCUGGAGACAGAGGCCAAAGCGGAGCGGGAAUUCCAAUCCGCCAGUGGCGUCCAGCGAACUCCAAAUGCCCAUAUUACUGAGCUAACUCGAGAGUUCCAGAAAUAUAGUGAGGCCCAUGCCCGGGCAGGCGAAUCCAACAAUACCCUGAGAAAAGCCAUGAGUCUGCAUGUGAAUAACCUGAAAAUCCUGGCCAGACCGUUGGUUGAAAUUCAACAACUGAUGCCUAAACUAAGUUCGGAAUUAAAUACCACCGAAAUCUUUAGGGAUGUGAAGCUGAUCCUCAAUAAAGUCAACGAAAUGAAGGCCCAACGAGCACAAUUCCAUGCAGAUCUGAGGAUAGCCAUUAAUGAGGAUGAUAUUACAGGCAAAGUAAUUGCCCAUGGUGGACAAGAGGGACUCCAAGCUUUAUUUGCCACCGAACUAGGCAAGCACGAUAAGAUAACCGAACUUCUGGACCAGAAUAUGGUGGCUCAGGCCAAUAUUCUGCAAGCUCUAACUGAAAACUAUGCCAAGGCGGCACCUGUUUUGAAGACGCUCCAGGAUGUGAAGCAGAAACGGGAGCACUUCUACAGCUCGUUGGCUGCCUCCUAUGAUGUUUAUGAGGAUCUGCUGGCCAAGUCUGCGAAGGGUUUGGAGUUCUAUAAGAAGCUGGCCGGAAAUGUGCAGAAGCUCCUUACCAGAUUUAGAUCCGCCAGGGAUGUUCAGUCCGAGGAGCGACAGCAAAGGAUGCAGAGCGUCAAGGCAGCCACACCUCCGGUGGUCAGCAAAGUGAUCACAGAAGCAGCACCUUCGCCAGCGGUCAGUAGCACGCCCAAACUGAGGGAUUACCUUAAGGCCAAGGCAGCAAUGGCGGAUGCCUCGAAUCCCGCCACUCCGGGCUACGUGCCCACAGUGCGUCCCGUGCCGGUGGGUUCGGAAAAUCCCACCCAGGCCGCUUGUUCCUAUGCCACUGCACCACCUAAUGAGCCACCGCCACCUUACAGCCUCACCCAGCAGCAGUACUUUGAUCCCAGUGCCGCAGGCUACACGAACCCCAUGUAUCAACAGCAGCAGCAGCACAUCGCCCCUCCGGCUUACAAGGCUCAAGCAUCGCCGAACUCCCAGUCGCUCCACGGAGCAAUGGCUCAGAUGAAUCUGCAGGCCCAUGUGCAGGACAACAGCCAAGCGGACUCGGGAUACAGCUAUGGGUAUCCCAGUGGAGCAGUGCCUCCGCUGGCUUAUGCUGCGCCCGGAUCAGCUCCUGCAAGCUCAGCUUCCCAGGGAUUCAACAUUCAGCAGCCUUUGUAUGUGGCCACAUCGGGCAAUCCCAAUCCGGUUUCAAAUCCCAGCGAGCUGCCCCCCUCCCUCCAGGCUCCUUUUGUGGUCAAUCAGAUGUCCAAUCAGUACCAGGGAACAGGGGGAUAUCCGGGACAGGGAUAUUCACAAAUUGCUCCUCAGCAACAACAGGUGUCUUAUCCGCCGACAGCUUCUGGAUACCUACCAGGUCAGGCAGCUCAACAGCCCAUUGGAUAUGCUCCAAAUCAGGCGGCGCAGCAGCAACCUGGAGGGUAUCUCCCAUCCCAAUCACCACAGCAACAGGUGGCAGGCUAUCCCCAGCAGCCAUCAGCGGGAUAUCCCCAAUCUCUUACGCCGCAGCAACCUCCAGGAUAUCCCCAGUCACAGACACCUCAGCAACAGGUCUUGGGUUACUCGCAAACCCAGCAACCUACAGGACUUGGCCAACCACAGACACCGCAGCAGCAAAACACAGGAUAUACACAUACAUCACUGCAACAAACUUCAGGGUAUACGCAAUUCCAGACACCACAGCAACAUACGACAGGAUUUCCCCAAGCACAGACUCCGCAGCAACAAGCAGCAGGAUAUCUUCAACCGCAGACACCGCAGCAACCCCUGCAAUACCAACAGCAACCAUCUGGCUACACUCCUCAGCAGCAAUCAGCGGCACUUGCUGCUCAACAACCAUCACUGUAUCCUUCGCAGCCUGUACAGGCUUCACCUCAACCCAUUUCAGGCCACCAGGGCUUGCCAGUCAAUUCUGUGCAGUCUUUGCAGUAUCCACAGCAGUAUAGUGAUCCCAAUGCAGCUCCAGUUUCAGCUCCUGGAGUGUCUCCUGUCCCAAGUCCAGUUCCUGCGCAAACUCCUGUACCCACUCCAUCUCAAGCUCCAGUUCCCGCAUCUCCCCAUCCUUCAGGAACCUACACCAGCUACUCCAACCAUCCCGGCUACAGCUUCAAUCCGCAGACGGGAAAAUACGAGUACAGCAGUGGCUAUCAGCAAGACAGCAGCUCCUUAAAGGCAUCCCAGGGAUCUCAGGGCUACCAGUUCAGCCAGAGUGGCAAGCAGCAAUUGGUGGGAACCACAAACUCGGAGAACGCCAAUCGCAGUAAUACGGCCACUGGAUUUGAUUCACCCGUCGUGUCCCACACCAAGGCUAAUGUGCCAGUCACGGACUCCACUUCGGCGGAAGGGGAUAAGGAGUCGACCAACUACUACACCACUCCCUAUGGCUACCACGGCAACCAAACCCCCCAGCCGCAACAACAACAGCCCACUCCUACGCCUCCAACGAAUCCCACCAGUUCCAUUUACAUGCAGAGCGGGGCGUCCAGUACUGCCCACACGCAAACGACCACCAGUGGACCGCCCUACGCCUCCUCCACCGCUUCUGCCAAAGCGGAACCCAAGUCGGAAGUAGUGGCUCCUAAGGUAUCUAGCAACGUGGAUCUACUUAGUGACCUGGACAUCGACUACUCAGUGGCUGUUCCGCCGCCAAUGUUGCCGCAACCCGUUUUGCAGCCCCAAGUGGUAGCCACACCCACUCCACCAGGAAGUCAGGUGUCGGUUCCCAUUAAAGCCGAAAGUGUUGUGGAGCCCGCUGCUCCCACAUCUCCGGAUAUUCCACCAGUAGUCACCGAAGAAGCCACUCCAACUGCAGCUUCAGUUCCCACAGCUCCAAGAUGCACCAGUGUGGACAACCUCUCCAUUUGCUCUGACCUAAGUUCCCUGGAGAAUUUCGACUGGGACUCUGUAUCCCUUACACAUUCCGCCAGUGAGAAACAGUCAAAGGCCUCAGCAGCCAAUGGCCAUUCGAACAGUUUUGCAUUCCAAGCCGAAACAUUCACCGAUGAAAAGACAACGAAAUAUUUCCAAAAGGAGGUGGAGAGCUAUGAGAAGUUGCUGGAGAACCUGCACGUGAAAAUGCUAAAUGGAAAGACUCAACUAGGGGCCAAAUGGCAGGAGUUGCAGCAGAAACUGGAAAAAGAAGCGAGUGCCAACAAGCGAUCCACCACUAUUGCGAAAUUGUUUCCGGAGAAAAAUCGAUCACUUGAUUGUCUGCCCUACGAUCAUGCUAGAGUUAAAUUGGAUAAGCAGACAGAUGAUUACAUUAAUGCGGCUUACAUGAAGAACUUAAGUGCCGGCUGUCCCAACUUCAUAGUUGCUCAGACCCCGCAGCCGAAUACCAUCAACGAUUUCUGGUCCAUGAUCUGGUCGGAAAAAUCACGAACUGUGGUCUGCCUGCAUACCCCAAAUGAGCUUUUUGAUCCCUACUGGCCACAGGCAUUGGAUCAGCCCACUCACUAUGAUGACUACACCGUGACCUGUGUGAAAUUGCAGCAACUAAGCCACUGCUCCGAGUACCAGCUAAAAUUAUCAAUGCAUGGAGCAGAUGCCGUUCUAGACGUAUCUCUUCUUCAGCUUAAGCAGUGGACCAAGGGAUCACCGGCUCAACUUCUGGGAGUGGCUGAAAAUGCGCUGGAGACCCAUCGACAGCGCUGCCAGGAAGCUAAUGCUCCCAACUCGCCGCUCAUUAUGAACUGUUUAACAGGCUCAGAGCGUUCCGAACUGAUGGCCAUUGGUGUUUGUGCCAUUAUAGCCACUCAGAGCAAGCAGCCAAUUCUUAUCAAUAUCGUUGAUGUUUGGUCGCGGAUUUGCGGACAGCGUCAAAACUCUCUGCGAGAUUCAGCCAUUCUGGAACAGUCCAUGCAAAUUUUACUAUGCAAUGCCCACAACGUGCUUAACAAACGUGGCAUAAUGACCUCAUAUCAAAUGAAAAUGGCGCCGCAGGUGACUGCUAAGGACCAGCAGGAGACGAAGGAUCCGCUCAACGAAUUGGAUGCACUCUGGAAGCUGAAAUAAACGACUGAACCAACCAAUCAAUCGCGGCAAAUAACUAAAGCUAUAUGUUUAAUCAAACCGAUUAUUUAUACAACUAUUUAACUGUGCAAAUCUAUUUCUAAAGAUCUGAUAUUGUUGCAAACAAUUUAAAACAAGAGAAAAGUAUUUAAAGGGAUAUCGAGAUCAUUUUCUAAUCUAUAUCGUGAUUGUCUUGUUAUAAAAAGUAUAUUUCGAAGCGAAUUGAACCGUGAUGUGUUAAUGGGAUAUUGUCAAGCGUUUCAAACCACUCUAUACAAGUUUAUUAUAUAUCAAUGAAAAUUACUGGAUAUUGUCACACAUUUAUAACUAAUAAAAUAUCUUCAAAAUCAAAGCAA